UCUUCUCAUUGGCUAACUGAGCUGCCCCGCCAUUGAAGCCCGUAAACAGCGCCAAACCAAACACUGCCCAACUUUUGUUUGUUUUUUUGUCAACUGGUUUUCUGGUUAAAUGUAGCAAGUUGAGCCUGUCAAUGAGUUAAGAAAAACAGUUUAAGAGGCCGUGACUUUAUAUCCCGGUAACCAUAGUGACGUGUAGAAGCUCGUCUCGUGAGUGAAGCAAACCCGGCGGGACACACACACACAGAUGUUUGACUGAGGCGAUGGCGAACGUUGGGAGCUAACGUCAGCGUCUUCGCUCUGUUCUCACCGCUCCUUUCUGAAGGCUCCGGCAGGAAUGAGUUGUCCAGUGAAGCUCCAGGCUCUGCCCAGCAGUGUCUUCGAUAAGAUUGUUACGCCGGAAAAUAUGCGAGUUAGAUCCUCUGUGAGUUCACUCUCCCAGCUGAGUUUCCCUAAAUCCAGAUCAGCUCUGUGGGACGGUACACCUGCCGGAGAAAAACUCAACCUCCAGCUGUGCUCCCACAGGAAGCUUCAUCUGGUGCUGCAGGAAAAAACUCUGCGUUUGGCUCAGCGGCAUGCCCGCCACAGCAACAAACCCAGCCUUCACUUUUUCCUCUUGGGAUCAGUGUCAGUUGAUGCAGAUGAAGAGGGCAUCACAGUCACUUUGGACCGCUUCGAUCCUGGCCGGGAUCAGGGUGGAGGCUCAGGCCCGGUUCCAUCAACCGUUCUUCCCGGUGAUGUUGCGGUUCCCUGCUUGUUCUCCGAUCGACCGGAGCCGAUGCCUGAAGCUGUCAUCCAUUCAGAGACGGAGUUUCAUCAGUGCUUCAAAGUGCUGCAGCAUGCAGUAAGCUGCAGGCAGACUCUGGAUCUGUCUCAGUUGCUAAAGAUCCGAGCUCGAAUCAUCUGCUCGCAUCAGUCCGAUGCCGCUGUCUUUAGUCUCAGUUGGCUGGCCGUCUGUCCAGCCAUGAGCGUCGACAUCCAGCCAGUCCGACCCCUUCCCAUCAUCCCCACGGCUCUACUGAGGAGUCUGACCGGCGCUGGCCGGCCCGCGCAGCAUUCUAGCCACCAGAGAGGAUUUCUGACCAUGGACCAAACCCGGAAGCUGGUCCUUCUACUUGAGUCCGAUCCCAAAGCCUCCAGCCUGCCGCUUGUUGGACUGUGGAUGAGUGGGAUCACCCACGUCUACAACCCUCAGGUGUGGGUGUGCAGCCUGAGGUUUAUGUUUGGCGCCAGUCUCCAGGACCGGGUGCUGUCGGAGAGCGGCUGCUUCCUGCUCGUUGUGUUUGGCUCCACCCACAGAGCUCCACAGUUCUUCCAGUGUCGAGGCUCCAGAACUGGACCGCAGCUGGAAUGUCAGAUUCUAACCAGCACUCAGUCUGUGACACUGUACCAGCAGGUGGUUCCAGCGGAUGGUCGGGUUCUGCGCUGUGAGCUGGGUUCAGAGGUUCACAGCAGACAGGCAGAGGUCUUCAGAGCAGCUCAGCGUUCCUUCAGCAGCUCGCCCCCACCAGCAGCCGGGCUCUCUGUAAGUGAUCAGGACUCUGGAGUGGAAGAUGAGGACCUGUCGCCCCGGCCGUCUCCGAACCCCCACCUACCUGCUCCACAGACUCGCAGGGUGCAGCCGUCUGUCCCAGAACUCUCUCUGCUUGUCGACGGCAGCUUCUCCUUCAACCAGAACAAGGAGCCUGACCCCGCCCCCAGACCGUUUCCACUUGAGAGCAAGACCACUGCUCCUGCCACCUCCUCCUUGGCCUCUACUUCUGCUCCACACCUCCACAGCACUCCGAACUCAAACAUUCACCAGCCGUGCACUUGUUGUUCCACCCACGCCUACAGCUGCACCUCCAUCCACCCCUCCCCAACCCUUCCUCCUGCAGCUCCAACUCCUUCCCAUCUUCAAACUUCUCCUAAAGUUUCUUCUGCUCCAUCUCCUUCCACCCCCCAUCAAAAACCAGUUUGUUCCCGCCCUGUAUUUCAACGCCCUCCGGCCUAUCAGCUCACUCCUCCACCCAUGGAGUCGAACUGUCCUCGUCCUCAAUCCCAUCAGCAAACUCAUCCUCCUCCUAACCACUACUCUGCAGUGCCUCAGACAUCCUCCCAUCAUCACUCUCCUCCUCCUCUUCAUCAACCUCUUCCAGGUCCUUCCCUCCUUUCCUCCAACCAGAAAGCUCUUCACCCGUCCCCCUGUUCUCCUCCUCCUCCUGCCUUCACCAGCCAACAUGUCUUUCCAUCCCAUUCUAUUCCUGCGCCUCCUCUACCCUCUUCCAGCUGCUCCAAUUCUGUUGCCCCACCCUCCCACACUUCUCCUCCCUCCCCUUGUCCUGCUGCUCCUCUCUCCUGCCUCCCUCCUGCUCCUCCCUGCCACUGCUGCCCCCAUCCUCCUCUCUCUAACCCAGCACUAGGAGCAGACUCCCUGUCUCCCUCUUGGCUCCCACGCCCCGCCUGUGUGAAUCGAUGCUGUGAUUUGAUGUCGGGCGUCGCUCCAUCAGACGCCUACCAGCUGCUCCUCCACCAGGACCGCCAGCUGCGCCUCCUACAGGCUCAGGUCCAGAUGCUGCUGGAAGCUCAAAAGAAACUGCAGGUCAACACUCAGACGUCCAGAAGCACGACCAGCGUCGCCGUGGAGACAGGUGCCAGUCUGUUCUGGGGGAGCGGUCCUGAACAGCCUCCCUCUCAUCGGGAUAACCCCUCCUCCCCACCCAAACUGCCCACCCCAUCAUCAUCAUCAUCCAGCUCCCCAACCUCAUCACAUGACCCCUGUGAGAGGAGAGCUGUGGGAGGAGCUGAGAAUGGUGACAUCACAAGUCAGGAAGCACCGUCCUCCCCUCUAGUUCAGCACAGCCUCAGUGGUUUACAGAGUCCAGUUCUGGGAGAAAGUGUCAGCAUGUAUGCACCCAGAGACGAGCAGCAGAGCUUCUACAAGAACCUCAUGACUCAGCUCCACAGUCGGCUCCAGGAAUCAGACGACAAACAGGAAGUGGAGGAAGAUUCCAGGAGGAAGAGUCAGCCCUCCUCUGACCACUCCCACUCUUCCUCAUCGGCCUCCUCAUCCUCAUCCCAGAAGAAAAAGCUGCAGCUUCGGGAAAGAGACCCGGUGGUCACAGCCACCGUUCGGCAGCUGCAGCAGCUUGGAGUGGAGGUGGACGAGGCAGACUUGAUAGAGUCUGACAAAAACAGGCUCAAAGCCGUUCAGAGCGCCAGCGUGCUGGCGAGCAUCAACCCGGCGGCGGUCGUCUCCAGGCUGAGGGUGUCCGAGCCAACAGCCAGCGCCCUCUGCCCUGGCGGAAGUGUGGAUCUAAGUCUGGAGGCCAACGCCAUCGCACUGCGUUACCUGAGCGACUCCCAACUCAGCAGGCUGUCUCUGGGAGGCCACACCCCCCAGCAUAUACCCACACUCUCCUCCAACGACUCUCUGCUGUCUCCUAGCAACAUGUCUCUGGCCACCAGAAAGUACAUGAGGAGGUAUGGGCUCAUAGAGGAGGAGGGCAGCGAGGAGGAAGAGGAGGACAACAGGGUUCAGAAGGUUUCAGCUCGCCGGCCGCUGACGGCUAAGCUCCUCCCACAGAGCCAGGUCAUCCGGGACCUGCGGCCAAAAAUGCAACUUUUAACCGUUAGCAAACAAAACGCGGACGACAAGGAGAACUUCUCGGGAAGAAGAACCGCUUUGAUCCGGGCGGAGAACCAACAACCAGAGGGCUCAGUGGGCAACAUCCUGGACCUGAGCCGCCUCAGACAGCUCCCCAAACUCUUCUGACCCUCAGCUGUCUCAUCCUGUGGCUGUGCUGUGAAUGGACCCUCUAGUUCCUCCAGUGGACCUGUAUUCUCACUUUAUGAAAUGUUUUUGUAUUUCUCCUUUUUCUGUGAAAUGUUUUUUAUAUCUGUAAAUACGCGUGUGAAGCACAUGAAAUAAACUUUUGAUUUUAAGG